AGAAAAUAUUCGUGGAUUCGGGAAAUCCAUCGAAAUACUUUUGCCGAUUUUCGUGAAGAAAACAAGAAGAAAAGUGGUUUUUGUUAAUAAUUUAAUACCGGUUUGAAUUUAUUGGUUAAAUUACAACAAAAUCAACACUGCAAAGGUGUUUUUAGCAGUAAAAUGGAGAACGAUAUAUUAGAUUCACUUACCGACUUGGGCUACGAUGGUCCUCUCUCUGACGAGGUGGCAUUUUCGAAAGCUCUCGACGGUGGGCCCAAAUCAUUGGAGUUCACCAAACUGGUCCACAUACUAGCCGAAGAACUGAAGAAGCUGUUACAACUCGAAGAGACUGUCAACAUGAUGACCAGUGUAGACGAGUCCAGUUCGUUUUUGCUAGAAUUGAGCUCGUUUUUGAAAGAGUUGGGUUGUCCAUACAAGAAGUUGGUAGUAGGACACAUGUCAGCCCGACUUCAAAGCAAGGAGGAUCGGCUUCUGCUACUAGACUAUUUGGUGUCGGAGCUGAUGGCAGCGAGGAUGCAGCGCGUUGACUGCCCCAAAGAGAAGUCUACGUCUGGCAUGGACAUUAUUGUGCAAGAGUCACCAACUGCGAAGAACCUGAAAGACAUUCUUAUAGCUUUGAAGUUUAACAAGCCUCCACCAAACAUCACCCCCGAAGUGCUAUUCGCUAAGUUAGAAGCCAAACUAAAGGACACCAUUCAGAAAGACGGUGAACAGCUUGUAGGUAAGCCGUUAUACAACAAGGCAAUAACAGAAAAGGACUGGAAAGACAUCGAGAACGUGUUCACUGAGAUGUUUGAAGAAUACCGCUGUAGGAGAGAGACGCUCAUCACCAGAUUGGAGUGCACGAUACAGAGUUUUGAGUGGUCCGAUCGCCUCAAAACCAAGAAGGACGUCAUCCAAUCCACGUACCGUCCGAAACGCGAGCAGCUCAAAGUCAAGCCGGACGUCCGGCUGUCCGACUUCCUAGCCGCCCGGACAUCGCUGCUUCAAGUGGAGAAAACAUCCAGCGUAUCUGUCCGGAAGAACACAAGAAGUGAUGUCAAUAAAGUUGUCAUAGGACAGGUCCCCGACAGAGGAGGGAGGCCAAACGAACAACAGCCUCCACCUCCAGAAAUGCCUUCGUGGCAGCAGCGGACUGCGGGCCCUCAGGGUGGUCGAGGCGGCGGUCGCGGUGGCGGCGGCGGGCGCGGUGGCGGUCGCGGCGGCGGUCGCGUUCAAGGCGGCUACAGCCAGGCUACUGGUGAUGGCAGACCACAGACAAGUCCGGCAGUUCCAAACCAAAACCGCAACUACCAGACCUACGAAGUACCACCGGGCGGUUACCAGAACCACAACCAGAACUCUGGCGGUUACCAGAAUCAUAACCAGAACUCUGCCGGUUACGACAGGCAGAACUCUGGCGGUUUCGACAGGCAGAACUCUGGUGGUUACAACCAGAAUCACGGUGGUUAUGAUAGAAGAAAUUCUGGUGGUCACGGAGGAUAUGCCCAGUCUCAGAGUUACGAUAGCAUGGGGAGUUACAACCAGGGUUACAGUCAAGGAGGUGGUGGCGGUUACAACAAAGGCUACCAAGGACAAGGCCAAGGCCAAGGACAGGGCUACCAAGGCCAAGGACAGGGCUACCAAGGCCAAGGACAGGGCUACCAAGGCCAAGGACAGGGCUACCAGGGCCAAGGACAGGGCUACCAGGGCCAAGGACAGGGCUACCAGGGCCAAAGGGGUCGCGGCGGCUACCGCGGGCGCCGUUGAUAUUACCCCCCUAGGCUGGGGGACAAGAUAAGAUAGUAUAUGUUGACUUUUUCAGUUGCUAGUUGAUUCGUAUAGGAAAUAUAGGGUGUGCAGAGAAGUGAGGUUUUUCUUCUGUCGAACUAUACAGGGUGACUGG